AUAUUUAGAAUAGUCAAUUGCUUCUCCACUUUUGAUUUCUCCAUUAUUCAAUUCAAUGCAAGUCAAAAAUUCCAUUCUACCCACGAGAUUUCCAUUGCUGCUAACAUAAACGCGUUCAUUUUUCGUUCAUUCACCUCCUAGGAAUUUAAUCACAACCAACUCCUUAAUAUUAUAUUCUUCUUCACUGUAACUACUCUCUCCUUGUCCUUGAUCUUUGAAUCUCUUCUUCUUCUUCAUUCCAUUUCCUUUCUCUCUAAUCACAAAACUUCACUUUCAUUCCUUUUGUUUUUACUGCUGGAUUGGAAUCUGGACCAAACAGAAGUGGGAAUAUUUGUUUUUAGGAAUUUUUUUUUAGUUCCAAGGUAUUUAUAUUUUGGCAUUUUCCACCAACGAUGGGAGCGGUUUGUUCUGGAGGUACAAAAUCAAAACAUGUUAAAGUUUCCCAUAAAAAUUCUGGGUUUUCUGGCAAGCUGAACUCAGUUAAGAGCUUUACCAAGCAUAAAGAGAAUUUUCAUACCCAUACUGAUAACGUUGAUGAUAAUUUUGGCAAGACUACUACACCGCAGAGGUAUAAUUCCGGUGAGCUCUUCUUGUCUUUCUCAAGAGAACUUAAGCCAUCAACGACUGCUAAGGGAGGGGCUGCCAAGGAUGGGCAGAAGAGUUCAUUUAUAGGAAAAGCUGGGGCUGUGAGUCUGGAGAAAGCAGUUAAAGUUUUAGACACUCUUGGAAGUAGCAUGUCGAAUCUGAAUGCCCGAAGUACCUUUGUCUCUGGCAUGGCUUCUAGAGGGAACAAGAUAUCUAUUUUGGCAUUCGAAGUAGCUAACACUGUAGCCAAAGGUGCAAACUUAUUUGAAUCACUUUCAGAAGAAAAUGUUCAAUUCCUGAAAAAAGAGAUAUUACAUUCAGAAGGGGUACAAGAACUGGUUUCAACAGAUUUGAAAGAGUUGCUAAUUCUCGCAGCUGCUGAUAAAAGAGAGGAAUUUGAUGUAUUUGCACGAGAAGUAAUUCGAUUCGGAGAUCUAUGUAAAGACCCACAAUGGCAUAGCCUAGAUCGAUAUUUUACAAAGUUAGAUUCAGAACAUUCUGGUGAUGGACAAACUAGAGCAGAUGCAAAAACCACCAUGCAAGAGUUGACUACUCUGGUCCAACAUACCUCUGAAUUAUACCAUGAAUUGCAUGCUCUGGACAGAUUUGAACAGGAUUACCAGCAGAAGCUUGAAGAAGUGGAGUCCUUACAUCUCCCCAAAAAAGGAGAGAGUCUCACAAUUUUACAAGGGGAGCUAAAACAACAAAGAAAGCUUGUAAGGAGCUUGAAAAAGAAAUCUCUAUGGUCUAAAAAUUUGGAGGAGAUCAUGGAGAAGCUUGUUGAUAUAGUUACAUACUUAAACCAAGCUAUCUUAGAAGCAUUUGGAAACAAUGGUGUCAGAUCAGCUAAUGAGGAGUCUGACAAGAAUCUUCAGAGGCUGGGUGCGGCUGGUCUUGCACUGCACUAUGCUAAUGUUAUCAAUCAGAUUGAUAAUAUUGCAUCUCGCCCGACCUCCCUUCCUCCUAAUACAAGGGACAAUUUAUAUCAUAGAUUGCCUAGUAGUGUUAAGAUUGCUCUACGUUCCCGACUCCAGACGGUUGACACUAAGGAAGAGCUCACAGUAGCUCAGGUGAAAGCUAAAAUGGAAAAGACUCUCCAUUGGCUUGUACCCAUCGCCACCAACACCAACAAAGCACAUCAAGGUUUUGGGUGGGUCGGAGAGUGGGCAAAUGCUGGACAUGAAUUUGACAAGAAGUCAUCCACACAGAAUAACUUGAUCCGCCUUCAGACGCUUCACCAUGCUGACAAGCAGAAGACUGACACAUAUAUUCUUGAAUUGGUGACAUGGCUUCAUCGGUUGAUAAGCUUAGUAAGACAUAGAGUUGAUGGAUUCAAAGCUAUGCCAGUUCGAUCUCGGACUCAGAAGGGACUGUUCUUACACACCAAGAUGCACCGAACUUUAUCCCUCAAUAAUGGUAUUACAAUCUACAGCUCUCAAAUUUCUCAAGAAGACACAGAUUUAUUAGACAAGGUAUGCAGGAGGAGAUUGGUUCCAGGAAUAAGCAAGAGUCAGGAAUUUUCCAUAGCCAGCAAAACAGGGAAAUUCGGGGGAUCCAGCAAGAGCACUGGAAGUUCUCCAGUUAGGGAGAUUAAUACAAGACAAAAGUUACACUACCCAAAUAAUUUGGACGCUGUGGAUGGCUCGCAUUCCACAUCAUGACUCGAUUUCUGGCAUUUGGGUUCCUCUGUAAAUUCAUUUUUCAGUUGCUCAUUCAUUAAAUUCUCAUUCUAUAGUACUUAGUAUAUAAACCCUAAGAUCACCAAACCAGAAUUUUUCUGCCAGAGGGGUGAAACCCAGUAAAUAUUAAUGGCAUCAUGGAUAGUUUUGUUUUCUCUUAUAAUUUGAAUAAAUCUAAUGUUUGAUUU